AAAAUGUUACUUCAAGACGAGUAAAAUCCAACUUCGAGUGAAAAAAACAAAUCAAAGUGCCCUUGAAUCUUUGACAGCUGGAGAGAGUCUACUUUGGCAAAAGACGAGAUGGCAGACGGAGCUGGGAAAGCAGGUCUUGGAAAUGAGCUUCAAGACUUGCAGGACGGCUCCCACAAUCCCCUGCCGACCCGAGUAGGAGGAAGGGGGGGGGAGGAGGAGGAGGAGGAGGAGGAGGAAGAAGAGGCAUGCAGACUUCCUGCCCGAAGCAGAUCUGGAGAACACGUCACAGAUGGAAGUGGGGAGACAUCUCAAGAUAAAACAGAGGAACAAGGAGGAGAGCGGAGAGAGGAGGAGGAGGAGGAACGGGACUCUGACAGCAUGGAGGAUACCGUCCGAUAUUCCCUGACUGAGGAAGCGGGAGACAGCGAUGACCGGAGCGGAGGAGAAGGCGGCCGGAGAGAGCUUCGCAGACGCAGACGUGACAGGAGCCGGGGACGCACGCCCUCGAGCUCGGACGAGGAAAUCGAAGAGGAGGACGAGGAAGAGGAGGAGGUGGAAGACGAGCAAGCCCUGGACGAGUGGCUGGACUCUGAGAUCAAGGAGCUGGGCUGCCCCGGCUGGAGGGCCAUCCCCGAGCUCAGGGCCAGAGAGAUCGGGAGAGGGCUGCCUCACUUCACCCCCAGGGCGUGCGGGGCCCGGGGACUGGUGCAGAGGUUCAAGCUGCAGGGGAGUCUGGAGAAGCACAGCGGCUGCGUGAACACCCUGCAUUUCAACAGCUCCGGAAGCAGGCUGGCCUCCGGCAGCGAUGACCUGAAGGUGAUUAUCUGGGACUGGACGAGGAAGAGAGCCGUGCUGGAGUUUGAAACCGGGCACAAGAGCAACGUGUUUCAGGCGAAGUUCCUUCCCCUCAGUGGAGACUCCACCCUGGCCAUGUGUGCGCGGGAUGGGCAGAUUCGCUUGGCUGACCUGUCAGCCACCCAGCGAUGCAAAUCCACCAAGAAAGUAGCUCAACACAAAGGAGCGGCACACAAGCUUUUUUUUUCUUUUAAACUGCUGCCUCCUCCCGUCCUUCUGAACAGGAAGCUGGUGGUCGCAAAAGAGAACGACAAGAAGGUGGGUCUGUACACGAUCUAUGUGAACCCUGCCCGGACCCAUGAGUUUGCUGUCGGGGGGCGCGAUCAGUACGUGAGAAUUUAUGAUCACAGAAAGAUCAAUGAAAAUGAGAACAACGGCGUUCUGAAGAAGUUCUGCCCGCAGCACUUGAUCGCCAGUGAGUCCAAAACCAACAUCACUUGUCUUGUGUACAGCCACGACGGGACGGAACUGCUGGCCAGCUACAACGACGAAGACAUUUACCUGUUUGACACGAGCCACAGCGAUGGAGCGGAGUACACCAAACACUACAAGGGACACCGAAACAAUGCAACAGUGAAGGGGGUGACUGUCUUGAGUCCACACCCUCACCUGCCUGUUUAUGGCCACCCGGUGGUUUUGGACCAUGUGUCAAGUAUCCCUGGGGCUCUCACCUCCUCUCUUCCCUCUCCUCUCUCUCCUCUCUCCUUCUUACUCUCCAUCCACCUAAUAGAACCCCCUCACUUUGGACUGUUUCCCUUCCACCCCCUCCUCACUGACUCUUGGCGAGGAGGGUCUGAUAAGGUGAACUGUCUUGAGCCACACCCUCACCUGCCUGUUUUGGCCACAAGUGGUUUGGACCAUGAUGUCAAGAUCUGGGCUCCCACGGCAGAGACCCCCACUGGACUGCGAGGGCUGAAAGAGGUGAUGAAGAAGAACAAGCGAGAGCGCGACGAAGACAGCGUGAGGCACGGCAACCAGUACGAUACGCAGCUGCUGUGGUUCCUCAUGAGACACGUGAGACAGAGGCGACCGCAGAGGAGCCACCCCAGAGUGACCGGGGGCACAGAGGGAGACUCUGAUGAGUCGUGGAGCUCACCAGACUCCUCGGAUGAAGAGGAGACCGGACCCGAUCAUGUGCAGUGCAUGUCCUCCUGAACGACAGACAGACACACAGACACGACCCAGGAGGGGGGGAGGGGGGGAGGGGGGGGUUCAAUCAGAAAACGCAGCCUGGAUUCAUCAGUCACUGAGUUACUUCAUUCUCCGGUGCUAUCAAACCAAACUUCAACACGAGACAGAAAUCGCUCUGAGAAAUAGUGCAGCUUCAUCGAGCUUCAGCGCACGAGACAGAAUAGGACGGAGAAUUAAAAUGUGCAGCUGUGGCCAAAAGUUUUCCUGUGUACUUUGAAAAAUGGGACAAAAUCUACCAUGAAAUACAGCUGUACUACUGUUAUGGCUUCUGGUACAGACUUCUGUGCGAGAUCAUUGUGCAGUUUAUUUGAUUGGACGAGGACGUUAAAUGAAAGAUCUAAGUUUUUGUUCAUAAAGUUUUUUUUUGUUUGUUUUAAAUCCUCUCCAAUCUUAAAAAUUCUAGGUGAUGCAAAACUUUUGGUCAGAGCUGUACCCCCAUCAAACUCGCGCGAGCCAGAAUCAGCGUGACUUCGAGAGCCUCGGUCAACCCCAAGGUGAUGUGUUAUCGGUUCGUUCUCGAUGAGGGUAGUAAUUUAUAAAAAAAAAAUAAAAAAAAUUCUAGGUCAAUCAAACAAAUUUUUU